UGCAACCGACACAGCCUAUGUCAUGACCGAGGAUUCAACCAGGUCCGACGAAGAGAGCCUAACGGCCAGCAUGGAAGACCUGUUCCAGGAGCACCACUUUGCUGACUCGCCUACCUCCGACUCCCCCAAGGACCGCCACAGUCGC